UUUUUUUAAUCCCAAUUUGCUCAUGUCAUUUCUCGUUGAUCUCUUGAAGCUUCCAAGAACUCGAAGGCCGUUGUUUGAUCCCGUUCCUUUGGCUUAGAUUUCUAUCUGUUGGGCCGUCUGAUAUUUGAAAGAGACUUUGUUGGGUAAGCUAUGUCCAACUCCCCUCAAUGCUUACCUAAGAGAAAAAGAGAAGAGAGUAUGGAGGAACCACAGGUGGUUCGGAGGAGCGCCAGGCAGAAAGCCAAAGGCAAAGAGUCGAUUAUGGAGCGUGCAAUGAAUCUGAAGAAGGUCCAGUCCUUGGAGCUGAAUGCUUCUAAAUCCUCUCGGACUUAUCAGCGAGGCCUUGGCUCUUCUGCCCAACCCGACUCAGCUGGCACAGCAACAACUCUCCAGCCAGCUCCCGCAGCCAUUGGUUGUCGUACAAACCAAUCUCCAGUUACUGAUGUUUGCUCUACUAGUGCUCAGGCGUCAGGUCUUAAAACUCUUGCUCAUGGUUCUCGAGGCACUUCCACUCUAUCUGGUAAUGACAAGGGGUCAACAUUUGCGCCACUUACAAGGACUUCAAAAUGUGAUGCUGAAGGAAAACCCAGUGCUUCAAGGUCUACUUCUGUUCCCCAAACAAAUGCUGGCCCCCACAAGUUACUGCCCAACAAGAGUUCAGACCAAAAUACUGCUGAAACAUGUGCCGACUUGAAAAAUAAAGACCCUCUUGGGAAUAAUGGCCCUAGAACUCAGCAACUUGAGAAGUCUGUGUCCUCUUUGAAGCUGCAACCAUGUAUGACUCGCCAGAACAACCAUGAAAGCACCAGUGCUGCCAUGCAAGCUGAUACUGCAGGUAAUGCUGCUGCAGUGAAACAAACUUCAGUAACUGCUACCAAAAGAAUUAAUCUUUCCGGCGUAGCCUCUUCAAGCCCGAACCCUGUUAACCUGAAUUCCCGAAGACUUUCCUCCCUGUCUAAUAAGGAUAUGGAUCCAUCAGUUCCGCCUUCAGGCAAAGUUGCUUCCAGAAUCAACCAAUUCGAAAAGAAUUCCACUUCUUCAGGCAAAGAGAAAGAGAUAGCAGUCCGACCAGCAGCAAGCAAACCCACCAUGUCUGCUCCCAAUGUUCCCGCUCAAGGCAGAAGUGCGAGUAGCAAUGCUGCACCUCAAUCUGGUGCUGAUAUCAGUAAAUCACUGCCCAAGAAAAUCCAAACUGGAGGUACCAUACAAUCAAACAAUGUCCCAAUAAAUAAGGACCUCAGUGAGAUAGAUGCUGCAAAAACUGCCAGCCUUAAACAGCCUGUGCCGCGCUCUUCGCAGCAGACACAGAUGUGUCAUAUCAAAGUUCCCGGACCUCAACAAGAAUCAACUCCUCUUCUGCCCCUAGGAGAGAGGUGCCAGCUAUGUGGGAUUGAUUUGGCAUUCAUGGCGAAAAACUCCGGCGCCCGACCCGAUGAGCUUCCUUUCUCUGCAGUCCUUCCAUGCAGCCAUUCUUAUCACGACAGCUGUCUCCGAGACCUUUUUGGUCCUGUGGAACCCCCAUGUGUCCGCUGCCUAGAAGUUGCACCACCACAAGGAGGCUGAACCUCUCCCAGACCUUUUUGUUGAAGAGUACUCAAAACUUCUUUUGGCAUUUUGUACACCUUGAUAAAGACUGUACAGGAUUCUGAUACCAGACUUAGAGAAAAAGAAGAAGAGUUGCCCAAAUUAAGCGCCAUUGUACAGUUCCUACAGCUAACAUUACUCUUUACAGAGCUCAAUUUUGGAAGAUUUCAGCGAGUUGCCCAAAUUUAUUUGCUUUGCCGAGUGAAUAUCUCUUUUGGC